AUGGCUGACAAGGCCCCCAAGGAUAAACGCCGCCCGGAUCCCAAACCGGCCAGCAAGGGUCCUCAACCUCAGCAGGGUCCCGGCCGAAAGGCCAAGCAGCAACCCCCGCAGCCCAAGCAGCCGCAGAAACGCCAGGCGGAGCGCCAGCAGAGUCAACCGAAGCACCCCAAGCAGAAGAAGCCGUCUGGUCCCCCUUCCAAAAAGUGUGAUGAGUGUGCCCGCUUGCAUCAAAAAAUUGACUCUCAGAAAUGCAAAAUCGCUGCUUUGGAGUACCAUUUAGACUUUCUUAAAACGAACAAUACUCCAGUCUCAGCACCCAUUCAGAUGCAACUUCCCAUGCAAAUGCCCUCGAUGCAAAUGCCCAUGCAAAUGCCCAUGUACCCUAUGUACAUGCCGCAAAUGCCUCAAAUGUUUCAGAUGCCACAAAUGCCUUCUGCGAACUGGCGCCCACAGUAG